CUAGGAAGAUUUUACUUUUGCACCCACCCCUCCCAACCUCACCUCACUUCUCUCACCUUGUCGUUCAAAGCGCCGUCAGCAUGCGGGAGGCAUACGACGUCACCAUAGAAGAAGACGCAGCGUCGUCCGCGACGGUCGGAGAGGCAUCCUCCGGGGUCGUUUUGCUGGGAAAGUACCUGUUAAAAAAGUUGUUGGGUGUGGGAGCCUUUGCCAAGGUGUAUCACGCCACGAAUGUGAGCACGGGACAGAGCGUGGCUAUCAAAGCCGUGAGCAAGCGGGAAGUUUUCCGGGGAGGUCUCAUGGAGCACGUUGAGAGGGAAAUCUCUAUCAUGCGCCGCCUGCACCAUCCCCACACCCUCAAGCUCUUUGAAGUCCUCGCUUCCAAGUCUAAAAUUUACUUCGUCCUCGAGUUCGCCGAGGGCGGCGAGCUCUUUGACAAGGUCGCUCAGGGGCGAUUCUCCGAAGAUCUCAGCCGUCGCUAUUUUCAUCAGUUAAUUUCCGCCGUCCGAUACUGCCACUCAGCCGGCGUCUUCCACCGCGACCUCAAGCUUGAUAACCUCUUGAUCGACGAAAAUAUGGACCUCAAGGUUUCGGACUUCGGAUUGAGUGCUCUGAAGGACCACGUCAGACCGGACGGUUUGCUGCACACCGUUUGCGGCACGCCGGCUUACGUGGCGCCGGAGAUGCUCGCCAAGAAAGGCUACGACGGAGCGAAGGUCGACGUGUGGUCGUGCGGAGUCAUCCUGUUCGUCCUCGCCGCCGGGUACCUCCCCUUCAACGACCACAAUCUGGCAGCCAUGUACAGGAAAAUCUACAGAGGGCAAUUUAGGUUCCCGAGAUGGACGUCGCCGGAGCUCCGGCGUUUCCUGUCUCGGUUGCUGGACAAGAAUCCCGAGACGAGAAUCACGGUGGACGAGAUCAUCCGAGACCCAUGGUUCAGCAAAGGGUACCGGGAGGUGCGGGUCCAGCACAAGGAAUUCGAAUCGGAUCAUGAGCAGAGCCGACACAGGGGACUGAACGCCUUCGAUUUGAUAUCGUUUUCGUCCGGCCUGGAUAUGUCGGGCCUAUUCACCGACUCAGGUUCGUUGGACUGCGUGGAACGCAUCGUCUCGGGGGGAAAACCGGCGAACAUAAUGGAGAAGGUGGAGGGAGUGGCAAAAGCAGAGGGAGUGAUGGUGAGCAAGGAGGAGAACGGGGAGGUAGCGAAGCUUGAGGGGCAAAAUGGUAAUAUAAUGAUGAGGAUCGGCAUAUACCGGCUAACGGAUAAACUGGUAGUGGUGGAAGCGAAAAGAAGAGAAAGGAGAGCGGGAAAUGGGAAAGGGACAAAAUUUUGGGAGGAUAAGCUGAAGCCGGAGCUCCAGAGACGGGAUGUAUAAAGCAGGAGACCAAAAAUGAAGAAGAAAUGGAGUUUAAUUUGGCAUAUGGUUGAUGGAAUCCCCAUGGAAGCCAGGGAAUCACAUUGUGUGAUCUCUCUCAGUUAGAAGGCUGAUUAGUGGGAGAGACAGAUUGGUGGAUAUGUGGGCUCCCACAAGCAAAAUAGGGACAAGGGCCGCCUGUCCCUGCUUCCCCAAUCAUCUCUGAAGCAAACAGCGGAAUCUUUUGUUCAUACUAGGUCAUGAUGCCCUGUUUCACUUAAAUCCUUGUUUACCCUUGCAUUCACUCUCAUCUUAAUUCACAUUGUACAAACUAGAAAUCAAUUAGUUUAUUGUAAUUUACAUUUUAAUAUGCUUUUAAAGAAAAACGAGUUCAACUAAAACUUAUUUAAA